UACUUAGAGAAAAAAGUCCUGUCACCCUUUAUAGUUUAGGUAGAUAAAGGUCUCGGUCACAUUUGAGUAAAAUAAUCCUAUUUCUAUAAAUGUCAUAGGAUCUUUUUUUUAAAGAUAUUUUAUUUUCACGGACCCCUUGCAAUUACACCACGGACCAUUAGGGGUCCGCGGACCCCCGGUUGAGAACCACUGACGUAGGGGGGAAACUGCUGCGUCGGGCGUCGGGCUGAGGAAACCUGCGGCGGCGGCGGCGCGAGGCUUUUAUCUCCCCUCGGUCACGUUAAUAGGCGAACGACGACACGUGCGCCGCUUUUUCGUUUGCGUCUCGAUUUUGAUUGGUCGCUGCCCCGAGCACGAGAGUGACAGCGAGCAAGAUGGCGCCGGGCUGCGGUGGAAAGUGAUGAGGCUACGACAACAUCCCGACGCUACACCCGCAUAACAGCGCGCCCCCCCCCCGCCACUGGAAGCGGGCGUCUCGCCGGAAACUCGGUCCAAACGCCCGGGCGUCGUCAUAUCUGCGGCCGAGAGACGGCGCGGCGGCGGGUUCCGGGAGCGCCAUUUAGCUGACGUUUGCUAACUGGGCUCGCUAAAGCGGCUAGCUAGCGUAGGGAGCGCUGGUGCAGCUGCGGGAGGACGGGCGAGCUGGUUACGGGGCGCCUGCCGUGAGUAUAGCCCCCGAACAGGAACGCUGAGCAAGCUGAAGCGAGGCGUCACCUUCGCCGGUCUGACGCCAUGGCUCACUCGCCCGUGCAAAGUGGACUGCCUGGCAUGCAGAAUUUCAGAGCUGACCCAGAGGAGCUUUUUACCAAACUGGAGAGGAUAGGAAAAGGCUCUUUUGGAGAAGUGUUUAAAGGCAUUGACAAUCGGACUCAGAAAGUUGUGGCCAUUAAGAUUAUUGACCUGGAAGAGGCUGAGGAUGAGAUUGAAGACAUUCAGCAGGAAAUCACCGUGCUCAGCCAGUGUGACAGCCCCUUUGUAACUAAGUAUUAUGGAUCCUAUCUCAAGGGUACAAAAUUAUGGAUUAUAAUGGAAUAUUUAGGCGGAGGAUCGGCCCUAGAUUUGUUGGAACCAGGUGCCCUGGAUGAAAUACAGAUAGCCACAAUCCUGAGAGAGAUCCUGAAGGGGCUCGAGUACCUACACUCUGAAAAGAAAAUCCACAGAGAUAUCAAAGCGGCCAACGUGUUGCUGUCAGAGCAAGGGGACGUGAAGCUGGCAGACUUUGGGGUGGCAGGUCAGCUGACGGACACCCAGAUAAAGAGGAACACCUUUGUCGGUACUCCGUUCUGGAUGGCCCCUGAAGUCAUAAAGCAGUCUGCCUACGAUUCAAAGGCAGAUAUCUGGUCGUUGGGUAUAACCGCUAUAGAGCUGGCUAAAGGAGAGCCUCCCCACUCUGAGCUGCAUCCUAUGAAAGUCUUAUUUCUCAUCCCAAAGAACAACCCUCCCACAUUAGAUGGAAACUACUGCAAACCUCUCAAGGAAUUUGUGGAAGCUUGCUUAAAUAAGGAGCCCAGUUUUAGGCCAACUGCCAAAGAGCUGCUGAAACACAAGCUGAUUGUAAGGUACGCCAAAAAGACAUCCUACCUAACAGAGCUGAUUGACAAAUACAAGAGGUGGAAGGCCGAGCAGUCUCGGGAAGAAUCCAGCUCUGAUGAAUCUGAUUCUGAGCCAGAUGGCCAGGCAUCUGGAGGCAAUGACUCUGAGAAUGACGACUGGAUCUUCAACACCAUCAGGGAGAAAGACCUCAAGAAGUUUCAGAAUGGGGCAGCGCAGCCUAGUGAGCUGGAUAGGAGCCAGGUGCAAGAUAGUCCAAAGAGGCCUUUGUCACAAAGCUUGUCUACAAUCUUUUCAUCGAUGUUUUCUGAGUUGAAAGAGAAGGUUCUGGCGACCAAUGGUAAACCGGAGGUUUCAGAGGAGCUGAAGGAGGCUAUUUUUCUGGCGGAGGAGUCCUGUCCAGGGAUCUGUGACUCCCUGGUGACUGAAGUGGUUCAGAGGCUGCAGAGGUUCUCCCUGCCUAGGGCUGCAGCCUCUCAGUGAGAAGAUUUCUGUUCAGUGACGUUCUCGCCUCCACCCAGAUGGCAACAGUCAGGUUGUUUCCCCCGAUAGCCACAGCUGGGAUGAAGUCUCCCAGGAAGGUCUCCAUAACUCUUGCCUAAAGCGAACCCUGGCCUACUUAAUUUCUGUUUGUAUGCAGACACACCGUGGCGGCGGCUCAAGUUCAGGACAGUUGGUGGUUAGCCACCCAGCUGCCAUCCUGUUUACCACUUGCUGUAAGACGUCUCCCCUCAGUAACUCCUUUUAUGAGUGUUUUAUUUAAGAAUGAAGACUUAACUAUUUUCCUGUGAGGACUCUUGAGAUUUUGGUGUGGUUUAUUCUUAAAGGUUUACACUCGGCAAUCUUUUCUGAGAAAGCAUCUUAAAUUUCAUAAUUGUGUGCGUGCGUGUGGCUGUGUGUGACAUCUUGUGAAACGUGCGGUGCAGAGUGACAAGUGGUUUAAAGCAUUGUAUUGAAACUCAGGUAUCCUGCAUUUAAGUGGAUUGGGCCCUCUGGGAGAUGGAAGGAGCUCUAUCGGGCGGCUGUACAGACUUGUAAAUAAGCUCAUUUUUAUAGAUGCUAAAAACAUGAGUGUCUAUAAAGGAAACACUGUGUACAAACGGCCAACGCGAACUGUAGAUACUGGUCAAAAGGUAAAUAUUUUGAGACUUAAAUGGCCACAAUUGAGAUUGCCUUGCCUUUAUUUACCUGUUCUUUUGUAUAUCAGUCUUUGGUUUCUCCUAUUGUAAAACUUUUUUAUGGACUCAUCCAUUGAAAGAAAAUGGCUGA